CUUACUUUGUUUUUACAUGAUUUCUUUUCGAUGAAGCCUAUAUGGAUUUGAACACCACCAUAUAUUCUCGAUAUCAUGACUAUUAUUUGUAACUCACUUCGGAAAGCAACUGACUUGGCAACUCAUCCGAAUUGAGAAGUACAUCCGUCAAUGUCGUAGAGCCUAAAAACAAUGUGUGAUCAUAAAUAUGGCGACGUCAAUCAACAUUACAAAUAAGCCUUGGUGUGACGAACCAGUCAUUGUACCUGUGCAAGAGCAGCUGGUCAAAGCAGCCGUUCUUCAAGACACACAUGCUGCCGCCCCUGAAAAUAAUCGGUUAUUUUCAGUAGAGAUCCUAAGAAACAUAAUCUCAUCUGACAAAUUAACAUCAUCAGGUGAUCAGGUGGACGGAAAUGAGUCUUCCAGAGGAAAAGACUUUCCUUUCAAAGUGGUGACCCAUCUGACGUCAAAAGGGUCAGCGACGGACGAAGAUAGUGGAGAUCGAGAAUGCCACUACGCGUCUUCAGCAGAAGAAGCUUUACAGAUCUACGAAGAUCUUUACAAGCAACAUGCUUCAACGGGAGAAGGCGGGAUAUCGAUGGAACCUGUCUCAUCAGUCAAUAACUCACGAUGGAUCGGCUCAGAAGCCCUCAGAAAGACACUUCUUUAUCGAGAAACCUAUUCACCAACCGAGGACCUGUCCCCAGAGGUGGCCAAAUUGGUGGAUGACGUCUGGAAGGAGGCUAUGGGCAAGCUCAAGGAAUAUCUUGCAGUCCCCGUGGCGUCUAUUCUUCCAGGGCAAGUACGUAUUAAGGCCACCGCACACGUUACAACAUGUCUACUAUGA